AUGGCCUUUGCUUUGGCUCUCGCUGCCGGCGUGAUGCUUACGGUCUCCUUAGUGGAGCUCUUUAUCCCGCCUUUCAUCCAAGCCGAGAACCGCCUCCAGGCAUGCGCUUCUGGGAUAUUUGGAUUUCUCAGCUUUCUCCUGCUCAGGCAGUUCGUGCCAGAGCCUGACAUGGGAUGCGGAAAGAAGGAUGAGGAGUGGCGAGACCCAGAAAAGGGUCACGUCAGUGAGGCUGCCAGUGAGCCCAAAGCAAGGCAGUGGAGACUUGCCUUCCUCAUGAUGUUGGCAUUGACAGCCCAUAACUUUCCAGAGGGGCUGGCUGUUGGAGUCUCGUCUCUACAGAGCGCACACCUUGGAGUUGUCGUUAUGGCUGCGAUCGCGGUUCAUAACAUACCAGAAGGCAUUGCAAUUGCGCUGCCUGUGCUGGAGGCGACGAACAGUCGGUCGCGAGCAAUGCUGUGGGCGACACUCUCAGGCCUCGCUGAGCCCUUGGGAGCUUUCUUUGCCGUUUCUGUACUGCCUCCAGGGGCAUUGGCUGGGUCUGGCAUGGACAUCCUUCUAUGUAUUGUGGGUGGCAUCAUGACCUCUGUGGCGUGCCUUGAGCUGUUGCCAGAAGCAUUGGCCCAGCGCCAGAACUGGAGCACGGUUGCUGGUUUGGUGACAGGGAUGCUGAUCAUGCUUCUGACGCACGAAAUUGCCUAA